ACCACAAAAUUGCCGUUUUCCCCCCGGAACUCGAUCGCCAAGGGUUAAACAGGGACAGCAAAAUCCGCGCAUUCAUCGCCCCAUCGCGUUCCCCACAUCCUCGAUCCCUCGUUCCCAUGCGCGAGAGCGAGCGGGACAGCGCCAGCGCAAAAGCGCACAGCAAUAACGGGAGCAGCAACAGCGAUAAUGGCGAAUUUAGCGGUCAGCAGCAGCAGGAGCAGCAGCCGGCAGAAAUCGAACCGCUUCCGCUACCGCUGCCGCUACCGCCGUCACCCCCGCCCCCUUUAAAGGCGAUCAAACAGCGCCGUUCGACGACGACUCCGCCGCCGCCCGAAGCGCCACCGUCCCAGUCCCUGCUUCAGCCUCCAAGCGAUGACGAACAGCAGAAGGCCACGCCCAUCCCACCGCCGCCCCCGCGGAUCGGCAGCAGUCAAGCGGGCAGCAGCGUGCUGAUAAUGACGCCCGACGAAAUCAUCGAGGCCUACGAGCGCGCUCUCAAGCAGGCGCAAGAAGACAGCGAGAACGGCGACGGAGAGAACAGCGGCGGCGGCGGCGCCAGCGGCAAACUGAAGCGCUGGCUGAGCAGGCCGAUCAGUCUGAAAUCGACGCUGAGGGCCGUACGCGACGGUCUGCUGUAUGUGGUCGGCGGUUUCCUGCGUUUCGUUCGACGCCUAGACAUGCACGGCGGCGGCACCGGCAACAACAUCAACUUCGUCGAGGGGCUGAUCGACUUCCUGGCGGGUUCCCUCGGUGGGGCCGCCCAGGUGUACGUGUCGCAGCCCCUGGACACGGUCAAGGUCAAGCUGCAAACGUUCCCGGAGGUCUACAAAGGCAUGUGGGACUGCUUUCUGAGCACGUACCGGAAGGAUGGACUGCUCCGCGGCCUGUACGCCGGUUCCGUUCCGGCCGUCUUUGCCAAUGUGGCCGAGAAUUCGGUUUUGUUUGCCGCCUAUGGUGGCUGCCAGAAGUUCGUCACCUUUGUCGUCGGCAAGGAGACGUCCAGCGAGCUGACCACCGUUGAGAACGCCUGCGCCGGCUCCCUGGCCGCCUGCUUCUCCACCCUCACCCUCUGCCCCACCGAGCUGAUCAAGUGCAAGCUGCAGGCGCUGCGCGAGAUGAAGCACUUCGUCGAGCCCGCCCAUCCGGAGGACAUGCGCACGCCCUGGUCACUCACGCGGUACAUCUGGCGAACGGAGGGCAUUCGGGGAUUCUAUCGGGGAUUGAGUUCAACUUUUCUGCGCGAGAUGCCCGGCUACUUCUUCUUUUUCGGCAGCUACGAGGGCACUCGCGAAUUACUACGCAGAGAGGAUCAAACCAAGGACGAAAUCGGACCGGUGCGGACUAUGAUCGCCGGUGCCGUCGGCGGCGUCUGUCUGUGGACCUCGACGUUUCCGGCGGACGUGAUCAAGAGUCGCAUCCAGGUGAAGAACCUCAACGAGAGCAUGUUCGCCGUGGGAGCGGACAUCGUUCGGCGCGAGGGCGUCCUGGCCCUCUACCGCGGCCUACUCCCAUCUGUCCUGCGCACCAUUCCGGCAACGGCCACCCUGUUCGUGGUCUACGAGUACACCAAGCGCGCGCUGCACGCCACCCUCUGACGGCCAGCCCGCUUAUACAGCGAAGUGAGCGGAUGAGCAGAUGAGCGGGAGCGGGAGCGGGAACGGAAACGGUCCGCUUCUAAGGAGACGCUUCUGUGCGCGAGACGCUGUGCUAGUAGUUGUGGGCUUAAUGGCGCGUGGCCGCGGGCGGUCAUUAUUAAAUAUUCGAUAAUUAUUCCUUUUUUUCUAGAUAAUUGCUAGAUCGUAGUGUUGUGCCUGUACAAUGUCCCGAUAAUGCUAAUGACUGACUAAUAUCCAA